AUGACUAUCGGCAACGGGUGUAGUGCUCUCUGGCUGCGCCUCUCCCUCUUGGAAGAGCUGCACUUCAGCUUAAAGUGGAGCUGUUAUCCAGUCUGGGGCGGUGGAGGUGUGCGCCACAGGGCCCUAUUCCCCAGCCACUGCCUCCCCAUCGGGUUGGCCGGCGGCGGUUCCCCAGCCCUCCUCUCUAAGACCUUCUCGCCCUGUGCUGGGACCAUGCGAGCCCCCAUCAGUAGUUCCUCCCAGUUCUGCGCAUUUGCCAUCAAUUGUGUCCACUACAGUUUUCGGUCCAGACGAGCCACAGUUAGCCGCUCGCAACGCUGCACGUCAUUUCCGUGUUCCUCUGCCUUACGGCCGCACGGACAGUGGCGCAGGUACACGCGGACCCACGUCUCCCCUUACGCUGUAAUCGGCAACGGGUGUAGCUCUCUGGCUGCGCCUCUCCCUCUUGGAAGAGCUGCACUUCAGCUUAAAGUGAUGCUGCUGUUUUGCCCUUAUGUUGCUUGCUACUGA